AUGGCUUCAACGCAGACGUUCGUCCAAAGAUGUACAAUACUGCCGGUCUUUCCUCUGGAGCUUUGGGAUAUCAUCAUCGAAUACCUACACGAUGAAGAAUCUGCCCAACAUCUGAGCCGACUUGCUCAAUCAUGUGCUACUCUUUAUGAAAGAAUUAACUCUAAACUCUACAACCGUGUCCGCCUGUUCAAUUCAGAAAGCGGUGCUCGCCUUGCUCUCACCAUAGAGAAGCGUCCAGAGUUAGCACCACUCAUCCGUGAGAUUCGACACAAGCAGGAUUCUGGGUCAGAAUUCUGGUCCUACCGUCAUCUCAAAUUUUACAAAGCGGCUGCGGCUUUGCCGAAUCUGGAGAACUUGAGUUUAAGAAGAAACCCCAGGCCCUUUGAUUCUACUCGGUGGGCCAGUACCCAUGCUAGAGAUGAUGCUAUGUUGCAAUGGGUAAGAAAGGUUGCCUCUGGAUCAGGGAGCGUUAAAGAGUACCGAGAGUUGGGAUAUGGGCCUUCAGGAGAAUCGUCGUUCAGUCCUCCAGAUCGCGAGCUUACCUACAUGCGAGACGGGGCGGCGGAGACUUUAUUCGUGCACGCUUCUCUUUCAGACCCGCCGGGGUUGCCCGCUCUGCGUGUUUGUCACAUCGGAAGCGACUAUAAUCAUGACGAGCACAAUCCCAAGAUGGACGGCAGAUGCCUACCAGUUUUCAAUGAAGCACUAUUCAGUCAUCCAGGUUUACGAAAACUCUGUGUCACUGGUGCUACAUUCCAACUUUCUCAGUCUAGCCCUCCAGUAAUAACCAUGUCGUCGCCUCUGGAGGAACUGACUCUUUUGAACUGCAUUAUAAACCCGUUGGACCUCGAAACAGCACUCGAGUAUCCAAAAGCCUUGAAACGGUUCACAUUCAGAGGUCCUAGGUCACAGGAUAUGGUAGACCCUGACGGAGAACCCCUAUGUUACGUUCACUCGACACUCGUACAUGAAGAUUCCCUGGAAUACAUGGAUUACGAUCUUUACUGGGGCGGUGAUGAGGAGACAGACUUCGGCGAACUAGUCCGCCUUAAGCAUCUCACAACCACCCUCGCCACACUUACAGGGAGGGAAUGCAUGGAACUGGAUCCCGUUGAUGAUAUUCUGCCGCCGAAUCUCGAGAGUCUCACGAUACGAUAUGAUGAAGUGAAGUCAUGGCUUCCUUCGGCUAUCUAUGAGAUGGUGAAAGAUAAAAAACUCGCAAAGCUGCGUCGCUUUACCUGCGAGGUACCCGAAACUAUAGAGCACCUUCCAUCAAUCAAUGAAGACAAGACGAACCCCCGCGCCACCGAGAUAUGUCAGGAGGGCAACACCUGGAAAAGCAAGUUUGCGGAGCUGAAUGUGGAGCUGUCCAUGGUCUCCGUUCCUUACCCGCUUGAGCUGCCAAAAUACGACAUUUGUUCUUGCGAAUGCCUGUCCUUUUACCACCGGAUGUUCUACCAUCCGCGCAAACCACUGGCAACUCCUUGGGACGAAAACGACUUGGAGGAGGACGUGUUCUUUGAUGACUGGGCAGAUGUUGAUGAUGAAAUUGAUCUUGAUGUUCUUAUGGAUGAUCUUGCGGAGGAGUCUGGAUCUGAUGCCUCGGCUUGA